AUGCAAGCCGGGUUGUCUGCGAAUGAACCUGAAAAUCCACCCGCGAGCGUGAUUGUCGAACCUAUCGCUCGUCCUUUUCUCUCUUUUCAAAAACUUGCGAAAGUGACCACAGAAAUUGUGCACAACGGUAAGUUUUCUUGUAUGCACGUGUCUGGUGGCUUGAUGGCCGUUGGGUUCGAAUCUGGCGCCACGGUUGUGUUUGAUAUGUCUCAGCGCAUUAGGUGCAUGUGCAAAGCUUCAUCCAGUCGUGUCACAUGUUUGAGCAUAUCACACGAUGCGACGUAUCUCGCUGUAGGGCACGCAUCCGGUGACAUAUACCUAUAUGAUAUGUUUCAAGCUUCAGUACCUGCUCGGCAUGUACCGCCCGUUGAUCCUGCGAUUGUAUCGUCUGGAAAAGGCGAGGGACACUUUGCUUCAGUGGCUAUAAUUCAACUUAAGUUUGUUGGUGCAAGAAAGACAGCCAUUAUUAGCACAGACGCGGAUGGACUAUGUUUUUACCAUUCACUCGGUCGUAUACUUGGCAUGGCAUCACACGACACCUUGCGUGUUUACGGUCGAUACAAUGCGACAGAUCCGUCUCAUAUUUAUGACGCAGCACCAUUGCCCCUAGGAACCCUGAGACAUGCCGCUGAUGAGCAUCAGUUUGUUGCGUUAAUAUUGCGGCACAAACUUCUUAUUAUUGGCUUGAAGCCUUCAGCUCGUACGUGGUUUCGGUCUAGAGCUUCAUCGAACAGUGAAACAGCCUCUUUGGCAUGGUUUCCGGCCACACACGCUUUCUCCCAGGUAUACCCGCCUAUGCUUGCUUUUUCGUUUGGCAAUGAGCUUAGGGUUCUUCGUGUAUCCUCAGUGCGCGUGAAGUCACGCACACCCGGUGACGAAAAUACUUCCGGAAUGAAGAUGUCAGAAGAACAUCUAAGCACUACCGCGCAUCCAAUUGUCCAGCUACAUUGGAUCCAUCGACAACUUUUGCUGGUCGUAACUACAGUUUCGUGGCAACUAUUUGAUUUUCGGUGCCAUUCAUUCACAGAGUGGCAGCCUCAUGACCCGCUCGUGGCUUCUGUGACGCCAGGCGACCCAAUUUUUUUACAGAUUUGGCGGAGCAAAGUGUUCAUGUUUGCGCAUAAUACCGCUUAUGCUGGUGAUUUUGUGGCAUGGGAUUCUUAUCUUUCACAGUUGGAGUCUGACCAUGAGUAUUUGGAAGCACUCAGAGAAGCUGUGAAACUGUAUCAAGGAACUGGCCUUGGCUCAGGCAUAGGUCUUCCGAGUCUCAGGCAUGAUCAACGGGCUGUUAUAGCUCAGCGCAUCGAGUGCAUUGAGCGGAAAGCUCUACGGCUCUUAAGCGACAGUGAUGACGUUGAACUAAUUCGUUUAUGUACUCAAGUUGCGGUCGAGAUGAAUAAUUUUGACCUUCUUUUUGGUGAAAUAUACUUUUCCUAUGAGUACCAUGACAAAGUCGACGUCUUUGUUCUCGAGCUUGAGCGUCAUAUCAUUCAUGGGCAGAUUCGGACACCUCCAACAGCGGUAAUACAGCGACUUUUGGAAUAUCGCUGUCGCACCCACGAAUAUGCGAUAAUAGAGCAACUAAUUCUUCAUGUUGAUCCUUUCUGCCUCGAUUUGGAUCAAGUGUUACCCAUAUGUAAUGAGCAAUGUCUUUGGGAUGCUUUAUCAUUUGUCUACGAGCGUGUAUUCCAUGAUUAUGUCACCCCAAUUGCCCAGAUACUCAAGCGACUUGCUCAAACACCAACCCAAAACACACUCGCUGAUUCGAGUCAUCAAACCGUGCUCAUUGAAGAUUCUUGCUCUGAUAAUGACAGUCGAGCGUCUUUUUAUGCGAUUUUUCCAAUUCUAAAUGCAAGGCUUCGUGGGUUAAGAUACCCAUCAAUGGAGGCUUUUGAACACAAUGAGGCUGUAAAUGUUGUGCGCGCUGUUCAAUCACUGCUUUUUUCCAAACAUGCUUGUAAAGCACCAGACCUUGCUGAUGUUCCCACGCUUGAUCAUAACAUUUUCCCUUACCUGCGAGCAAUUUUGAACUUUGACGCUGAGCCAUUUCUUGAUGUGUUGGAUUUGGCAUUCGAAAGCGACUUCUUCACUAAUGAAAAGUUGCCACUUCUUAGUCGACGCGACGUCAUUGAUACGUUACUUGAAGUUAACCGCAUGAAAUCACUUCCAAACUCUGUGCACCAUUUGUUGGCAAUGUUUGUUGCGCGGAAUUCUGCCAAAUACCCCCAAUUUAUCAUUCUGUCUGAUUCUGAGUGCGAAACAAUUUUUGAUGCGUUGACGAAUGAUGAAGUACAUAAUAAAGACUCUGAGUUUGCUCUUGAGUGUCUUUUGUCGGCACAUCCCAUCGCUUUUACCGAGAAGCGGAUCAAGAUGUUAGAACGAGCAGGAUUUUGGCGAAUCUAUGAGACCGCCCUGCGAAAAACUAAGAGAUACCCGGAGCUGCUCUGCUUCUUCUUGCAAGACCGGGAUGGAGAACAUCACUCGCCUGGGCAACUGUAUGACCGCGUAUCCGAGAUAUUUGUGCUUCCUGGACUGAAGGGAUCAAGCCAGCGAGAAUCGAUGUUUUCCUUGUUUCUGUCAUGCUUGAAUGACAUACCUGAUCCUUUGCUUUGCGAUGUGGCGCGCAUUGUGACUAGGUACUUUGCCUCGCGAGGAAACGAAGUUUUGACACAUUUACAAAUCACGCCCAAUCGACAAUUCUUGUAUCUGAAGGCAUUUUUUAUUUUAAAGCACGAUAUACAAGGUCGAAACCCGCAAACUUUGCGCCGUGUUUGGAUAACUAGGCUGUGUGAAGAAUGUCCGUCUUUACUUGUGCCGCAAUUGGAUGCUUACGGAUACGAGUAUUUUGAUCUAGAGCAUGUCUGUUCUGAGGCUAGCACUCACCACGUAUAUGAUGCAUUAUUCUGGGCUUUGGAUCGACGAGGUCUUACGACACUUGCAAUGGACCAAUUAGACAAGUUGGCGAUGGAUUUGGCCCAACAUACUCACCAGGUUCUAGAUGAUGGUGUGGACGAUAGGGCAGAUUCUGAAGCAGAAAGUUCGCGAGAAGGAGUUUGUAAACGGUUCAAAAAGCUUCACUUGGCACUUACUAUGGCAUUCCGAUUGUGCGUUGAGAACUCUCUAUCAUCUAGUGCCUCUGUUGAAUUUGUUCACGAAUUGUGGUUCCGCGUGUUGUACACACUUGUUCGACUGGAACAUGCAUUUUAUGAUUCCUCUAGGAUUCAUGCGCCAAAAGACUCGUUACUUGCGCUUGCUUUGUCUCAUUCGCAAACAUUCACGCAGGAGGCACUUGCAACUCUUGUGACAUCUGUGCCCUCUGAGACAAUCUCAUUUGCUGAGUUGUUUAAACGGCUUGUCCAUGGUAUUUCUCAAGCGAAUAUCAUGUAUUCUCAAGUACGCGUGAUUGUCGAAGCAAUGUUAUUGGCUUAUCGGCUUCGCUGUGAUGUUUUAAUGAUUGGCGUGCGUUUAAAUGAAUCAGAUGCAUUGCACCUCUUUCAACAGCUCGCUAAAGAGCGGGGCAUGGGUUGGUUCGUGGCAGCCACGCGACCCUCUUGUGCUCAUUGCGACAAAGCCUUUAUGGAUUUGUCUUGUGUGCGUAAGCACGCAUCAUCAGACAAGGUGGCAUUGACACCUCAGGGACAUACGUUCCAUGCUGGGUGUGGCGAUGCGGUUGAGAUUAUGUAA